UUGUUUGUUAAUAGUAUUUUCUCGGUUUUACCCUUACUCAACUUUGUUCCUUGAGCUGUUUGUGUGGUGCCAGCUGUAUGGUGUUCUCGCCUCCUUUUAUUUUCUUUUCUCUUUUCUACAUCCUGGUUUUCCUCCUUCCCUUUCAUUUUGCUUUUCAGAGAUUCCUCUUCUUUUGUCUUCUUAGCUCAUGGAGAGGAAGAAAGGAGAGAGGGAAAGGUUUAGACUGGAUUCUACAGUCGGAGGCUUAGAUUUGGAGAGAGACUUGGCUGCCACCAACGCCGACGUCGACAGGUCCACCACCGACGACGAUGACGCGAUAUCUAAACCAGAGGAGAUAGGAUGCGGUUUCAAUUCAAUUUUACAAUAUCAAUUAUUCGGGAUUUUCUCUGUUAGAUUUAUUGAUGAUGAUGGAACCUCCACCUGCUAUUAUUGCUCAUCUUCCUCUUGCAAUUUCCCCCUUUCGAGGUCUUCAAGCUGUGAUCGAGAGGGGCUUCCAAAGAUAUGUUAACAAAACAAGUGACAUAAAGAUUAUGCUCGGGAGAUGCAAAGUUUUUAUCAGCAUUACUACAAGAAAUAUAUUCAAGCAUUGCAAAAUGUUGCCGAUAAGGCUGAUCGGUGAGUUGCAUAUGUCGGGGUAAAAUAAUUUCAAAUUGUUUUGUCAGCUAUGUUGCUGCUUUAUUACCACCUUAUCAAACAAUUGUGUGUUCAGUGCUCAGCUCACCUAAUUUAACAUUUGAAUUUUAAAAUGAUGUGAAUUACGAAUUAGGCUUUAGUUUUAAGCGUCAAUUAGGACUAGAAACUCUAAUAGUAUCUAGAGAUUAGAGUAACAGAUGGAGAAUUUGGUCUCUUCUUCUCAUGGUUUUGUGUCAUUCGACUUGCUUUCCCAUUUGUUUUCAAUUUUACGCGAUUUUCAGUCAGAGAUUAGAGAUUAGAGUAACAGAUGGAGAAUUUGGUCUCUUCUUCUAUGAGGUAUGAUCAUCUUUGAUUUAAUUUUUGAAUUUUAAUGUUUUUAUCUUGAUUUAGCGUUUUUUGAUGAAUUAUGUUGGAUCUUGACGAUCUGAGUUGAUCUGAUGAUUUUUUUUGGAAUCUGAUUUUUGUUGAAUUUGGGAUAUUGGGUGUUAUUUUUUGUUUUUUUUCUUUGAUGAUAUGCGCUUUGUCGGUGCUAAAUUAUGGUUUUAAAUGUGAUUUCUAGGUUGGAUUUUUGUGUUGAGUUUUGGACUUAGGGUUUUAUUUUAUUUUAUUUUUAAAUCAAAAAUGGGGAUUUUUGGGUGUUAGUUUUUGGUGAUUGUUUGAGCGUUGUUGGUGCUAAUUUAUGAUUGUUGUGAUUUCUAGGAUGAGAUUUUGGUUUAUGUGCAGAUUUUUGGAUAUUUGUAUUCAAUCCGACCACCUUUAACACGGCCCUGCCCUUGCAUGAUUCAUUUUACAUGCUUGCCAUCUGAGCUCUUUCCCCAUUUGUCUUCCUUGUCACUUCCUCCUAUUCUUGCUUUCCUGAAUUUGCUCGCUAUCACUCAUUUUCUCUUGCUUUCUCAUUUCCCAUGGUUAUGGCUGCAUGUCCUUAAUCUUUUUUAUGCAUUGAACAAGUACAAGCUGUGUGAAUUUAAUCCACAUAAUUGUGAUCAUUACUUGUAGGUUGAUCGAGUUCUUUACUCAUCAGUUGUUUACCCACAUAAUUCUGACUUGGGGAGAGAGAAAAUUAGGAGGUUAUUGCUCAAUUUUGGAAGCAAUGGUUGCUCUGCUCAGGAAGGGCUGCUCUUCUUUGAGGAGGUAAACUUAGUGUAAUUGGUUAUAUUUUUUGUUGAUUAGGAUUUUAAUUUUAAUUUUAAAUUAGUUUGAUUUGAUUUUUGGGGUUUUUAAUUAGGUGUUGUGAAUUUGUGAUGAUUGAUCUUUUAUGGAUGAAUUUCAUUUGGGUUGAAAUCGGGUCGUUUAUCGCUCUAGCGUAGGUGAUGCUCAAUAAUUACCCAUCUUUGCUUAUAAAGAGUAGUGUUCCAAUUGACGAGCGAUUGUAUGAAAGACGAAGUUCCAUGAGGUUCUUGAAGAAGUGUACAUAAUCAUCCAGUUGAAGCAUUGCCAUUAAGAGCACUACCAAUGGUGAGCUAAAAAUUUGCUCAUGGGCAUUUUAGGUGGGCAUAAAAUUUACUCAUGCAUUACAAUGGUGAGCAAAUGAGAAAAAGCCAAAAAAUGCUCAUGAGCAUUUCUGAAAAUGCCCAAUACUCAUGAGCAUUUUUUAAGACGAAUAGUGCUCUGGUGGCCCCACAAUUUGCAAUGGUUAUAUUUUUUGUAAUGCAAAUUCUGAAAUAAAUAUUUAUUAAAAAAAAAUUAAAAUUACCAACGGCCGUAAAAUU